AUGGCAGGGUACAAUGAGAUCUUCGUAAACUCUUUAGAUGAAGAUGUUAAGUGUUGUUUCUGCCAUUUACCUCUACGUGAACCCGUUCAAACAAGAUGUGGACACAGAUUGUGCCGUGAGUGUCUCGAGGAAUUAACGCAGUCGACGACAAAGUAAGAAAAACGUGAUGUAUUCAAAGAUACGGGGAAAGCUGAUUUAUUGUGCUUGUAGAUAAGUUAGUAUAUACUGUAUUCUUAAAAAGAUGUACUCCGCUUUCCCCUCUAUUUUGUGGGAAAAAAGUGGAGGAAUGGACAAUAUUUCCAGGUUUCAUAGAGGAUAGUACGGGGUUCAAAAUUGAAAAAAAUUGUUCCUUGACACUUAAUAAAUAAUAUUUAUCAUGUCGUGGGCACGCCUGAUGGGGUCUUGGUUUUCUACUUAAGGUGGGGUUUUGUAGAAAACAAAGACCUUGCUCAAAUUUCUUGAUAAUGGUAUAUCAUAUUCUUUCUUGCUUUUUCUUUGGUUGAGAUUACCUUUUUUCUAGCAAUUUUCACGUGAUUCCCAAAUGUUUUGAUGGGCGGGGUCUUCGUUUGUGAUUAAUCUUCUUUUUUAACCGAAGCUUCGAGUCAAAUUUGUUGGUGGUUGUAGAUCCUGCUGUUCCUUAAUAUACAGUUAACGUGUCUGUACAAUUUGAGUUGGCGACUGUUUCAAGCUAAUUUUCAAGUGAUUUUAAGGAAGUCUUUGUCUGUUGCAGUUAGAUGUGCCUGGCAUUGUUACAGGGGUCCAAGUUGCACACCCCUGCCAAAAAUUUCCUAAAGGCCUCCCCUCAGCUAGCAAGAAAAAUAAAGGCUCUGGUGGCAGGUUUUCCUGGGGUAAUCCCCAUAAAGAUGACAGGGGUGCAUGUUGGACAAUUUUCACAACACCGCUAAAGGUGAUCAUUUUAUGGGCAUGGCUAAAAUAUAUUGAUUCAUUCACCGACACUCAUAAGAGGUACCAAAUUAAAUAAACAACAAAUUAACUGGCACUGACAAAUUGUGGUUGACUAUUUACUUGACUAACAAAUAAAUUCCUUCAUUUUUAUGAUUCAACUCUGUUACCCUUGUAAGGUACUGCAGCAAACCUAAUAGCGACAAAUGUUGACCCUAAAAGGUACAACAAUGAUCCUUGUCAUUUUAGCGGAGAGUAAUCCUUCAGGGCAGGAUCAGUUUAAAUCAAUUCAGAGUUUGUGUAUUGAUCAAUGUUUGCAGGGAUGACAAGUCAAACAAUGAUGAUCUGUUUUCUUUUACUUGCCCAGUGGAUAAUGUGAAGUUGGAUUUUAGCGUGGUAAGUAUUUGUCCAUUAACUAGCACACUAAUAAUAUUGUUUUUCUUGUUCAUGAAAUUAUUUUUACGAUCUUGCCUUUCUGCUUGCCUUUGUUCAUAGGACACCUUCCCUGACAAAGCAACAGAAAGAAAGAUUCUGUCAUUGAUCAUUCAGUGUCCAAAUGGUUCUUGUGAGUGGACAGGACCACUUGGGGAAAAACAAGUAAGACUGUUUAACUUACUCAGUGAUACCCCAGUUUUUCUUCCUUGCACAACAUGAUUAUACUGAUUGGGAAUUUAAGUAAGAGGUAAGAAAUUCUUGCAGACACCUUCCAGACAUUGCUGUGCAGUUAAUUGUUACACCUCCAGUAGUGAUUUCAAUGCGCAUUGGAAAGGAAUACCCAUGUUGUGUUCAUCUGGAUGAUAAAGUACAUGUAAUCUAUAUAAAUGUGCUUUUCUUAAAAUUUCGUCAGAUACAUGACUUAAUGAUCGAUUUAUCUGAGACUGCCAUUGAACCCGAAAACAACAAUAUAUUCAAACAUACAUGCAGUAAUAAGUUUUAAAUCUCCAUGCACUCUUGUACAUGUGGUGGCCCACACAUUCACAAAAAAUGUUUCCGCAUGCUUGCCAAAGUCUCUUUUCCUUUUGUUUGUAUUUUUGAUUACAUGUGCGUGCAAUUUGCAAUCAGACAUUAAGCAUUGUUUUUCAUUGACAGAAACACUUGGAUUGUUGUCUCUUGCUUGUUGUCUCUUGUACAAAUGAGAACUGUAAAGAGACCAUGGUGAGGAAGGAUUUGGAUGAACAUGUGACUGUCACAUGUCAAUGGAGGAUGAUAUACUGUUCAUACUGUAGUGUUUCACUUCCUGAUUGCCAUUUGAAGGUAAAAAGUCACAUUGUGCUUUUAAUAUGUUUUCACCAUAGUCUCAUUUCACAAAGUGAAAAAAUAACAACAAGUAAUAAUAAUACCAAAAAAAAAAAUAGAAACAAGAAAGGAAGGAAAAGAAAUGAACUACUGGUUACAUGUAUAACCAUAAUUGCUGAAUAGAAAUUUGACACAUUGGAAUUUAUACUUGUGAAACAAUGUCACAUGUCAUUGCACUAGUGGCUUUGUUUUUAAUACUUUGCCUUUUUUUCCAAGGAACACAUAAAUAUAUGUUCAAAGUAUCUUGUUGAGUGCCCCAAUACCUGUGGCGUGGAAAUUCAACGGGAAAAGGUAAGGUGUUCAGUACCUGAUCCAGACCCUCAGAUGGAAGGGGGGGGGGUGCAGGGGGGUGGUCUCUGGGCCUCAGUUUAGUCUAAAAAUAAGGGGCCCCCCCUGGAUCCGCCACUGGGUGUUUCCUUUAAAAAACCUUAAAACUGCUCUUCUUAGUGGACAUGCCACUAGGGAUCCAGAUCAAUUAUGGCAUGUUUAAUAUAUGUUUGACAGUGUACACAGGUGACCCUCGGUUUAUGGAAAAUAUUUAAAAAUCAUUGGAUGUGGUCAAGUUUGAUAUGAAGAAUUAUGCAGAUCGAAUAAUUUGUAUAGCAUGAAAGCAUAAUUCAUUGAUAAUCAUUGUUUUAUUAAUCAUACGAAAUACCUUUAAGCUGAACACGUAUUUCCUAGUAUUUCUCAGCAAUUUCAGGAUAUGAAGGGAUGUUUUAUUCUAGUAGAUAUUCUUUUUAUGGCAGUGGGCGUCUCUAGUUCAGCUGUUUCAUCUCCGCAUGAUAUGUGAAGGUUUUCGCCAUUUUCUUCAGCUCUAGAGUGCUAAAACAACUGGGCCUCUGCGUCGCUCCUUUCCAAGGCGUCUGUGCCUCCCUUUUUCAGUCAAAUAAUUUACUAUGGAGAGAAGUUAUUACAUCACGUUGCCAUGGUAGCAGAAUUUUUGGAUGACAACAAACCAAAACGUCACUUAAAAAGUGGAUUCGCACUGUUUCAAACUUCAUCAAUCUUAUUUAAUUUCAUUUAAUUUGUCAAAUGUUGGCGAAAUAUGUAACAAAUAAGAAAAAUAAGAAAAAUAAUUAACAAGGACUCUGUACCCUAGCCUCGGUUGCAACCCAACAUGGCGGAAGGUUGACAAUGGCAGGGUACAAUGAGAUCUUCGUAAACUCUUUAGAUGAAGAUGUUAAGUGUUGUUUCUGCCAUUUACCUCUACGUGAACCCGUUCAAACAAGAUGUGGACACAGAUUGUGCCGUGAGUGUCUCGAGGAAUUAACGCAGUCGACGACAAAGUAAGAAAAACGUGAUGUAUUCAAAGAUACGGGGAAAGCUGAUUUAUUGUGCUUGUAGAUUAGUUAGUAUAUACUGUAUUCUUAAAAAGAUGUACGCCGCUUUCCCCUCUAUUUUGUGGGAAAAAAGUGGAGGAAUGGUCAGUAUCUCCAGGUUUCAUAGAGGAUAGUACGGGGUUCAAAAUUGAAAAAAUUGUUCCUUGACACUUAAUAAAUAAUAUUUAUCAUGUCGUGGGCACGCCUGAUGGGGUCUUGGUUUUCUACUUAAGGUGGGGUUUUGUAGAAAACAAAGACCUUGCUCAAAUUUCUUGAUAAUGGUAUAUCAUAUUCUUUCUUGCUUUUUCUUUGGUUGAGAUUACCUUUUUUCUAGCAAUUUUCACGUGAUUCCCAAAUGUUUUGAUGGGCGGGGUCUUCGUUUGUGAUUAAUCUUCUUUUUUAACCGAAGCUUCGAGUCAAAUUUGUUGGUGGUUGUAGAUCCUGCUGUUCCUUAAUAUACAGUUAACGUGUCUGUACAAUUUGAGUUGGCGACUGUUUCAAGCUAAUUUUCAAGUGAUUUUAAGGAAGUCUUUGUCUGUUGCAGUUAGAUGUGCCUGGCAUUGUUACAGGGGUCCAAGUUGCACACCCCUGCCAAAAAUUUCCUAAAGGCCUCCCCUCAGCUAGCAAGAAAAAUAAAGGCUCUGGUGGCAGGUUUUCCUGGGGUAAUCCCCAUAAAGAUGACAGGGGUGCAUGUUGGACAAUUUUCACAACACCGCUAAAGGUGAUCAUUUUAUGGGCAUGGCUAAAAUUGAUUCAUUCACACUCAUAAGAGGUACCAAAUUAAAUAAACAACAAAUUAACUGGCACUGACAAAUAUGUUGUGGUUGACUAUUUACUUGACUAACAAAUAAAUUCCUUCAUUUUUAUGAUUCAACUCUGUUACCCUUGUAAGGUACUGCAGCAAACCUAAUAAAUAGCGACAAAUUUUGGCCCUAAAAGGUACAACAAUGAUCCUUGUCAUUUUAGAGGAGAGUAAUCCUUCAGGGCAGGAUCAGUUUAAAUCAAUUCAGAGUUUGUGUAUUGAUCAAUGUUUGCAGGGAUGACAAGUCAAACAAUGAUGAUCUGUUUUCUUUUACUUGCCCAGUGGAUAAUGUGAAGUUGGAUUGUAGCAUGGUAAGUAUUUGUCCGUUAACUAGCACACUAAUAAUAUUGUUUUUCUUGUUCAUGAAAUUAUUUUUACGAUCUUGCUUUUCUGCUUGCCUUUGUUCAUAGGACACCUUCCCUGACAAAGCAACAGAAAGAAAGAUUCUGUCAUUGAUCAUUCGGUGUCCAAAUGGUUCUUGUGAGUGGACAGGACCACUUGGGGAAAAAGAAGUAAGACUGUUUAACUUACUCAGUGAUACCCCAGUUUUUCUUCCUUGCACAACAUGAUUUUACUGAUUGGGAAUUUAAAUAAGAGGUAAGAAGUUCUUGCAGACACCUUCGAGACAUUGCUGUGCAGUUGUUACACCUCCAGUGAUUUCAAUGAACAUUUGUAAGGACCACCCAUUGUGUUCAUCUGGAUGAUGUUUAUAUUCAUGAGCAUGUAAAUUUUCCAUAAAGUACAAUUGUAUAUAAUGUGCUUUUCUGAAAAUUUCCUCAGAUACAUGACUUGAUUGAUUUAUCUGAGACUGCCAUUGAACCUGAAAACAACAAUAUAUUCAAACAUACAUGCAGUAAUGAGUUGUCAAUUUUCAUGCACUCUUGUACAUGUGGACACCCACACAUUCACAAAAAAUGUUUGUGCAUGCUUGCCAAAGCCUCUUUUCCUUUUGUUUGUAUUCUGAUUACAUGUACGUGCAAUUUGCAAUCAGACAUUAAGCAUUGUUGUUCAUUGACAGAAACACCUGGAUUGUUGUCUCUUACUUGUUGUCUCUUGUACAAAUGAGAACUGUAAAGAGACCAUGGUGAGGAAGGAUCUGGACAAACAUGUGACUGUCACAUGUCAAUGGAGGAUGAUACACUGUUCAUACUGUAGUGUUUCACUCCCUGAUUGCCAUUUGAAGGUAAAAAGUCACAUUGUGCUUUUAAUAUGUUUUCACCAUAGUCUCAUUUCACAAAGAGAAAAAAUAACAACAAGUAAUAAUAAUACCAAAAGAAAAAUAGAAACAAGAAAGGAAGGAAAAGAAAUGAACUACUGGUUACAUGUAUAACCAUAGCUGCUGAAUAGAAAUUUGACACAUUGGAAUUUAUACUUGUGAAACAAUGUCACAUGCCAUUGCACUAGUGGCUUUGUUGUUAAUACUUUGCCUUUUUUUCCCCAAGGAACACAUAAAUGUAUGUUUAAAGUAUCUUGUUGAGUGCCCCAAUACCUGUGGUGUGGAAAUUCAGCGGGAAAAGGUAAGGUGUUCAGUGCCAGAUCCAGACCUUCAGAUGGAAGGCGGGGAGGGGGGGGGGUGCAGGGGGGUUGGCCUCCGGGCCUCAGUUUAGUCUAAAAAUAAGGGGCCCCUCCCCUGGAUCCGCCACUGGGUGUUUCCUUUAAAAAACCUUAAAACUGCUCUCCCUAGUGGACUAUGGAUCAAGAUCAAUUAUGGCAAGUCUAAUAUGUGUUUGACAGUGUGCACAGGUGACCCUCGGUUUAUGGAAAAUAUUUAAAAAUCAUUGGAUGUGGUCAAGUUUGAUAUGAAGAAUUAUGCAGAUCGAAUAAUUUGACAUAGCAUGAAAGCAUAAUUCAUUGAUAAUCAUUGUUUUAUUAAUCAUUCGAAAUACCUUUAAGCUGAACACGUAUUUCCUAGUAUUUCUCAGCAAUUUCAGGAUAUGAAGGGAUGUUUUAUUCUAGUAGAUAUUCUUUAUAUGGUAGUGGGCGUCUCUAGUUCAGCUGUUUCAUCUCCAGAUGAUAUGUGAAGGUUUUCGCCAUUUUCUUCAGCUCUAGAGUGCUAAAACAACUGGGCCUCUGCGUCGCUCCUUUCCAGGGCGUCUGUGCCUCCCUUUUUCAGUCAAAUAAUUUACUAUGGAGAGAAGUUAUUACGUCACGUUGCCAUGGUAGCAGAAUUUUUGGAUGACAACAAACCAAAACGUCACUUAAAAAGUGGAUUCGCACUGUUUCAAACUUCAUCAAUCUUAUUUAAUUUCAUUUAAUUUGUCAAAUGUUGGCGAAAUACUCUGGGUAAAAUCCGAAAGGACCGUAUGUAAGUUUAGAAAAAGAAAAACAAAAUUUUUUUGUUGUGCUCACCUACUCCAUAAAGCGGGCGCGUGAAAUUAGGAAGUUUCAUGUCGUGGUCGUGCAACAACGGCUAGGAAAUGUACAAAAAAGCGUGAUGCACGUGCAAAGAUGUUUUUUUGCCAAUCUAAACCUAUUAUUUUUUUGCUGUUCGCCGUUGCCGUUGCAAAAACUCCCUAUUGUUUUCAUCCAGAAAUUUUCCUACCAUGGUAACGUGACGUCACACUUCUCCUCUCUAUUGACGUCAGUCGUAAAUGAACAGCAAACGUAUUCCUAAUUUGGUCAUCGCUGGCUGGUUAUGUAGGAUUAGCCGGUGAAUUACUUUCAAUAAAUAGUAAUUUCUUUUUUGACCCUUCUUUAUUGCAACCUUGCUUCAGGAAAUAAAGCAAAACCAAAAGCGGCACAGAGAUUUGCAAAAAAUUUGACAUUUUAAUGGAGGAAUCAUAGACUGAGAAAACACCCAGCGAAUUUUCCAAUGGCACCUCCUGUUUCCCCGCGAAAUAACGUCUGAGUAGCGAGAGCAGAAAUUGCCUACUGAUGACAGGAUUUUGCUUCUAAUUGGCUGAAAAUUUGUUUCAACCAAUCAGAAGCACUACCCAGAUCUGGGUAGUGAUGCGUCAUCAGUGUGGAAUUUCUGCACUUGUUUCUCAGACGUUAUUUGGCGGGGAAACCGGUGGUGGUGUCGCGGAAUGUCGGCAGUUUUCUCCGGCUAGGGGAAUCAUAGCUGUCGUGUUAUUAUUCACUUACUAAGCAAUACUGGCUGCACUGAGAUGUUGUCACUAUGAUUCCGGCACAAGAUCACAAGUUGCCUGGGCAUAGUUGUCUUUCUAAUUUCAAUGUUAAAUUAUCCAACCUUUAUAGAUCCCACAUCACGUUGAAAAUGACUGUCCACUGGAGAUAGUAUCCUGCCCUUAUGCUCAGAUGAGCUGUGAUGUAAAGGUAAAUUCAAACAGUACUGAGUUACUGAUAGAUUGGCCACGAGUAAUUCAGCAAAAAGGAGACGUUUUGCACUAAGAUCUACAUGUAUAGUUUCAAGAAAGAUACUUUCAGUGGAAAUCAAUUGAAAGAUUAGCGAAUGUUUAGGGUAGAAGCGGGGGGGGGGGGCACUCCAUCAAAAACUAUUUUCCAUUCAUUUCGAAGAUGAUAGACUUCAAAUUGUUGCUACUGGAAAUAUUUGUAUAUGUCGCAACUGUUAGUCGUAAGAGUAGUCAUUUUCAGCUCUUCGUUUUUCUUUUCCUUGGUCAAAUCUCGACAAAGCUUAGCUGUACUAAAAAUGGCUUCCAACUUAUUCAGCAAAUGUUCUGCUUAUUUCCACGGCACCGUGUAGUGGUUAUGAUGGGGUCGACAAGCAGAAAUUUUACUGCGCUUUUCACAAACAUGCGAAUUCUGAAGUUCAAAAGCCAACUGACGAUUGCGUUUUUCGCUGCCGUCAAUCAUCUUAACGGACCUCUUAGGAAACAAAACUUUACUUUAACGGGUGCAAAAGGUCAAGGUUUGUGAUUUGUGAUUGGAGGAUUUCGAUCCGUUUUGUGUGUCUCUGUGUUUCAAGGUUCGUUGCUUGUGAUCGUAAUUAUGAUUGACGGCAGCGAAAAACGUAAUUGUGAAGGCGGCUUUUGAACUUUAGAGUUCGCGUGUUUGUGAAAAGCCCAGUAGAAGCGCUUACAAAAUGCAACGGUAAGCUAAAAAGCCAAGACCUGUUACUUACUUUUUACAAACUUUCGACAGGUUGCAAGAAAUCAGGUUGAAUCGCACCUUCAAGCAGCUUCAAGUAACCACCUUGAUUUGGCCCGCAUUAACUUGCUUGGCACCCAAGAGAAGUUCAGAGAGAAAACAAGGAAAAUGGACGAAAGAAUGUCCGAAUUGGAAAAGCAGGUUUAUGACUUGAAGAACACAAACACCUUCCUCCUUGAGGCGGUGGCUUCCCUGGGACUUACUAUAGCUCCUCAACUGUCUUGGAGGAUUUGUAACAUCACUGAAGCCUUAAAACCCCCCACGCCGUACGGAACAGCAGCAUUACAGAGCGAACCUUUCUACUCUUCUGCUAAUGGUUAUAAAUUGAAGGUGUCUCUUUACCCCAGGGGUUCCAAAAGCCGCAAGAGAGGUUAUGUUUCUGUGUACCUGAUUGUUAUGAAAGGGGAAUACGACGAUGCAUUACCGUGGCCUUUCCGUCAUAAAGUAAUUUUUACCCUUAUUGACCAACAAGAAAAUCUAGAGAAAAGGAGGAAUAUUGUCCGUGAGUUAGUCCCUGACAUGAACCGAAAAUGGCAUGCAAGGGCUUGCGCAAAACCAACUGAAGACGAAAAUCCUGAAUUUGGAAUUUUUGAACUUGAGCCAAUAGACACAUUUUUAUAUCAAAAGACUCGAGGCUACCUUCUUGAUGAUUCACUCUUGCUUGAAGUGAGGGUGAUUCCUCAACUUAAUGUUGUUUGA